UGAGCGGUGGGCUGGACGUGUUUCUUCAUCCACCUAAACCCUUGGACAUCCUCUCCCGAACACAGACUCAGAGCGGAGACAGACACGCGUGGUGCGGGAUGAGCGCGCGGGAUUACGCAUGCGUGACGGUGCGGGGUCGCGCGCCCUGGGGCUUCCAGCUGCGCCAAAGUGACACGGAGCCGCACAGUCGUGUUCAGGUGCACCAGGUUGAAGAAGGCAGCCAUGCAUCCAUGGCUGGUCUGUGUAAGGAUGAUGAGCUCGUGUCUGUUAAUGGAGUAUCCUGCUCCAGCCUCAGCCUUGCAGAGGUUAUUGUUCUCAUUGAGAAAGCCACUGACUGCCUGCAACUGCUGGUAAAAAGAUGCUGUUUAUUCCCUCAACAAAAGUCUCAGUCAGUUAACACCACACUCCAGGCUUCCUGGAGGGAAUUGAGGCAAUCCUACAAAUCUGAGAAGGUAGAUGAGGCACAUUAUGGAGGGACAAACAGUGAAACAGAGCGCCCUGCAGGGAACACCAUGGUCCGAACUCAAUUCUGCAUUCCAGCUCCUAAGGACAGAACUGGACCAGACAACUAUAACGCUAGUGAUGGAAGCCCCAGGAUAGAAAUCACUCCAGGAGCUGUAGUGGAAUUGCAGUUGUCCCUCUCUCAGACCACCUUGGAAGACACAGGCUGUACCUCAUUAGGAAGUGCCCGGGGAGUUACAGAAGACUUGUGCCAUCAAACAAACAUUGAAAAUGACACUACAACCAGUGCACAAAGCUCGCCUUUCUAUAUACCACUGCAUGAGAGAGAGCCUCUAGGUCAGCGAGGUGUGCUUGUCAGUUCUCCCUCUGCUUUGCUGGGACAGGUGGAGGUUACCAUACAGCCAUCUGGGAGGGACUCUGGAACAGAAAAAGUGGGGGCUGGUGGGACUGAGGCAACAGCUAAUGAACAACAGGAUUAUGCUGAGGGGGAAGGAGGGCACACGGAUGAAGAGCCCACCUCCUUCUCUGUCUCCUUUGGAAUUCCAUCAGAAGAGGAGGACUCGGAGUCAGAGAGGGAGCUCAACAAGCCCAACAAGCACCGGCCAAGGCACGCCAGGCUCCGACGAAGUGAAAGCCUGUCUGAAAAGCAGGUGAAGGAGGCCAAGUCUAAAUGCAAGCGUAUUGCCCUCCUCCUAACUGCUGCUGCCCCUAACCCUAAUAAUAAGGGGUUGUUGAUGUUCAAGAAGCAUAGACAAAGGGCCAAGCAGUACACACUUGUAAGCUACGGAACUGGAGAGAAUGAACCAGAAUUUGAGGACGAAGACGACGAAUAUAAUGACAAGGAAACACAUGCUGUUGAGUUCACAGUUCUAGCCACCAGUGAAACUGAAAUUGAUGAAGAUUUUUUCACAAAUUCUUCAGGCCACAAGAACAUUGUAACCUUUGAUUUGGAUACUGGACUUCUUGAGAUAGAACGCAAGCUUUACAACCAAGAGGAUAUGAACGCACUCCCUGAAACUAAGGGCAAAGGGGCCCUGAUGUUUGCACAGCGUAGGCAACGCAUUGAUGAAAUAGCAGCUGAACAUGAAGACAUGAGAAGUAAAGGGAUUCCUGUUGAGGGUAUACAGGAAGCUGAGGAAAAGUACCAACAGCCAAAUCAGCACUCUUGCAUUCAGACAAAUGACAGCCAGAAUUAUAUUGAUGUAAAUGUGCACCACCAACAGCAACACCAGCAAUACCAACAAUAUCAAGAACAGCAUUAUCAACAGCAACAGCAGCAUCAAUAUCAAGAAUUCCAACAGCAGAUGCAGUACCAUCAGCAACAACAUCAUUAUCAACAACAGCAGGAAUGCCAGCAGGGUCAACAAUAUCAGUCUCAACAAUGCCAACAACAGCAGCAGGUGCAACAAUACUUUCAUAAUUUGAAUGGUGAGUCUAGUCACCAAACAAAUGUAGUGCAAUCAUCAGUGAUUAACAGAAGUGCCAAGCCAUUCUCAGUUCAGAAUAGAGCAGCAGCCCCAUUUUCCCCUUCUGCAAACCAAGAGCAGUCUUAUUAUUCAGAUGGACAAGGGGAACAAAUUGCAUCCAGAGAUGAGCGAAUUUCUGUACCUGCAAUUAAAACAGGAAUCUUACAAGAUACAAGGAGAAAGACCAAAGCUAAACCCAUGUUCAAUUUUAAAGAGCCUCAGAAAGUUUCCCCAAAUCCAGAGCUGCUGAAUCUUCUCAACAGGAAUGACAAGAGGGCAGGCUUUGAUUCUGGUACAGAGGAGGAUUAUCUAAGCCUGGGGGCAGAGGCCUGCAACUUUUUACAGUCCACUAAAUUAAAGAACAAAACCCCACCACCAGUUGCUCCCAAACCACACGUACACCCAGGUACUCCUCCAUGGUCACCACAACCAGAAAUUGCAAGCCAGCAAUUUCAAGAUGCUGAAAAUAACAUCCCUGUUACUUCCAAGGAUCCUGUCCCUGAAAUGGAGUCCUCAGCCAUACCAGAGGAAGAGACCUCCAGAGCACAUGCUACUGAUCAAAACGAAGCUUCUACCAAACCCCACUCACAGGUUCAAACAGAAGCAGUCAAUGCAUGGGGUCUAUCUGAAACACAAAUACAGUCAGGUCAGCAAAUAGAUACUUGGCAUGAGAAUCAAUCCCAGCCACAGUUGCAUUCUAAGCCAGAGCCAGAUGUCAGUUCUUGGGGUCCAUCUUCAACUCAGGCUCUUGAGCAGCCACCAGUAACGGCUUGGGGUUCAGCUGAGGUUCCAUCACAAGUCCUUGCCCAGAAUCAGUCACAGAUGCAGACACCUUGGGUGACACAAUCUCAAGUCCUUUCAGAAGUGCAACCACACCCAGCUGUUCCUGCACAAUCACAGCCCCAGCCUUCCUGGGUGACACAAAGUCAUCCCCAACAUCAACCCCACCCUCAAACUCAAAUUAGUACAUGGGGAACAGCCCCAACUCAAUCACCACACCAACCCCCAUGGGCCCAAAGUCAAGUGCCAGAGCAAGCAUCUGUCAGUACUUGGUCCCAAGAUCUUAAUCAGCCCCAAGUACAGCCAUCCUGGGCCCAACAGCAACAAGAGUCUCAACCAAUACCACCUUGGACAGCCUCUCAACAGCAACCCCAGGCUCCUUGGAUUCAACCACAGAGUCAGCCACAGCCUCAACCAUCUUGGGCCUCUCAGACCCAACAGCAAACCCUGCCACAACCACCUGUAAAUACAUGGAAUCAAUCUCAGAGUGUAGCUCAAAUGCAGCCCCCAUGGACUCAUCAGGCACAACCAUCCUCUCAGCCUUCAGCACAAAUGCAGCAGCAACAGAACCCUUGGACCUCAGUACCCCCCCAGUCACAACCACACCCGGCAUGGGCACCACAGCCUCAAGAGCAUCCACAGCAAAUAAUGAAUUCAUGGGCACCAGAGCAGAACAAAAUACAGACACACUGGAAUCAGCCACAAUCUCCAGCUCAGGCACAACCUCCCUGGUCUCAUCCACCUCAGCAACAGACACAGCCACAGUCUCAAUCUCAAACAGUUUUAAGUACAUGGACACCACGAACCCAGCAAGGUCGAGCCAUUACCAUGGGUUCUACUGAAAGUCAAAAGUUGGCUCAGCCAGUCAAACCUUGGAGUCCACCUCAGACCACUCAACCUCCUCCACAUCAAGUGAACUUAAAUACACCUAGAUCAAAGGUACCAUCACACAUGUCAGGAAUGCCAGGAAUGGGUUCAGCCUCUGGAAUGGGUCCAGCUUUUGAGAUGCCAGCCUUGCGAGGGAAAGGUGCUGAACUUUUUGCUAAGAGGCAAUCCAGAAUGGAAAAAUAUGUGGUGGAUUCAUCUACAGUGCAAGCUAACAAGGCACUUGGAAGAAGUUCAUCUCUUUCUCCGCCAGUUAGACUGUCACCACUGGGCCUUGGUUCCAGGUCUGCAUCAGUUUCUCCAUCACCCACACCUUCAUCUUACACUACACCUUUCUCGAGCUACACCUCUCACUUAACAGAGAGACAGGUACUCUUCCUGGAGAAGGGACGCAAGCCACCAACCCCAUGGGAGGCAGCGUCACGUCACCCACUGGGUCUAGUGGAUGAAGCCUUUGCCGAACAGGACAUGCAACACUCUAUUGCUUCUAAUCUGCGCUCAGCAGCCCAUCGCAAAAUGCUACCUGAACCUCCAGCUGAGUGGAAGGCCAAGGUUGCAUAUGAGCCUCCACCAAAGAUCCAGGGGUGGAGAAUGAAUCAGCCAUCUUUGUCAUUCCUUUCCCCAACCAAAAGCACAGCAUCUGCCCCUGCGGCCCCCGUACCAUAUGGAUCACCUUUUAGACAGUCUCAGCCACCCAGAUCUAUGACUGAGGCCAGUCUUGGCUCUUCUGUGUCUGGAAUACAGUACAGAAGGCCUCUGGGACAGCCAGUAUAUAGAAGCACAUACAGUAACACCUUGAGAUGGUAAAAUCGUGGUAGGAGUUUUAAUAUUUCGGCUUCAAAAGUCAGUGCAAAUACAGCAGGUUCUGAAAGGUUUUGUACAAAGUUGUUUCUAAAAGUAUCCUUGAAAGAAAUGACUAGUCACUGUAAUUUCUAAAAUUAAAAAAAUAGGAGGUUUGAACAGUAUUGAAAUGUCACAUAUUAAGGGAUUUAAGAGAAGUCUGAAAGAUGGAAAUGUAAAGUGCAGAAUAAGAGAUAGCUUAGCAGCUGGUGAUGAAGCAUGAACUUCCAAAUGCUUGAAACAUUGCCAUGCUUCAAUAUCGUAAUACAAUGUGUAUACAACACAAAAAAUACAGUAUAACACUGCCAGCUUUGCUAUAUGUUUUCAUAUAAACAGUAAUCACUCAUAUAAAUAACGUGGCCUAUCGGUGAAAGACUGAAGAGACUUGAUGAGAGGUUACAUGGAAAAUGUUCCAUAUUUUCACAGCACAUUAGUGGCAUAUAAAUAGCACAUUCUGGAUUUCUACAUCACAUAAGUGGCAUGUUGAUGUGCUUUAAAAGAUGCAAACAAUUUCAGUAACUGAAAUCAGCCUUGAGUAAUAUUAAGUAAUGCAUUUGUUAUCAUGAACAACAAAUAAGCUACCACUUCAGUAAUGGCUAGUGCAUGUUUAGUGUUGACUGAUUAACAUUAAAUGAUGCACAUGAAUUAAAUAAAAUGAACAAUGCCUAAAAACUGUGUUUAGUAACGCUUAUUAUGUGGUACUGAUGCUGUUGCACAAAUAUCAUUUUAUGUUAAUGCUGAAUAUGUUGUAGGGCUACAUUUCUAAGACAUCGUUGUUUUUUAAAUCUAUAAGCUUUUUUGUUGUUAUAAAUCUUUCAGCUUAAUACCACCAAAUGUAAUAUUGGCUAUGUCUACAGAACAUAUCUACUGAAUAUGAACUACCCUUCACUGUGUGUUGUUCAUACUAGCAAAUACAUUCCUUUACAUUACAAUACUACCUAAUGUUACUGUAAGCAGAGUCUUAACACAAUUUACAUGGGCUUAUGUUGAAUUAAGCAUUUUCUUUCUCAUAGGGUUGACAAUGCAUGCACUGGUUCACAUGCGUUCAGACUAACUGCUAGUUCAGCACAAACUCAAGUGUGGCACAUGUGAUAUAUUAUGUGACAGACAGGUGACAAAUUAAAGAAAAAACGAGCAUAAUAUACUCUAUUUAGUAAUGUGUUGGGUGAACAGUCUCAAUGCACAUUGGGACAUCUCUGGAACUGUAUUAGGGGAGGCACAGCAUUACUCACAUUACUGCAUUUUGGAGAGCAAAUCAAUCCAAAACCUCCCAUUAGUAUUCAGUUAGUUUAAUAUCUGGUGAUCACAUUGGAUUUAUAUAAUUUUCAUUCUCAUCAAACCAUCCAGUGCUUUCUCAUGCCCUGAGAAUGGGGGUUCAGACUACUCCCAUGAGAGUAGAAAUGUUUCAUAGAGUAAAUGUGAUCAGUCAAAGUAACUUUGCAUUGAUUUUCGGUUAUCCUUUCCUCUGAAGGGACAGGUCAGCCAAAACCAUGGCAGCAAAAUAUCCCACACAGCAUAACAGCCACUGUUUUGUUUUGUUUUUUCUUUUAAUUUGUCUACUGUCUGUAGUAGUUACAUAAGUCCCACUUUUACAUGAGGUGUCAUUAUUGUAACUUUUAACUAGGAGUUCAAUGAGGCCUGUUAAGCCCCUUUAGCAAUUUUGUUCAGUUUAUGUGAGUUUUAAGCCACAGGAAAUCAUGUGUUUGUGUGAAAUUAUUUUAGCACACAGUUUAGUUUGUCAAGGGUGACAACUUGUGCAUUUCUUCUUUUUUUUUAAUUGUCACAGUCUUUUUACCAAUUUCCCAACAUUGCAUGCUGUCGUACUGUGAUUUGCAAAAGUCACUGAAACUGACAAUGUAUAUUUUACCAAUUGUUAGUUAGCUUUUAGCACUUCCUUUGACAAAGACAACAUUUGUGAGAAAAUCACUUCUAACUCCACAAUUAAAAUGAGAUUUGAAGUUCA